CGCUUGGAGACAUAACCUUCGGGCCACGUGGGUGUCCUCGUUGAAACCGGCUGCGCAAGCAGCGAGUUCAAGGAGACUCGGACGCGAUUUGCAAAGGCGCCAUCGGAGCGGAGCAGGUGCAAGACGCUCAAGGCUCAAGAUGCCCCGGGGGAGCAGGAGUGUGGGGUCUCGGUCGCCCGCGGCCAGCCCAGCACCAUCUCAUGCCCACCCCCCAGCCCACCCUCCACCUUCAGCCGUGGCAGCCCCAGCUCAGCCGCAGCAGCCUGGGUUGAUGGCCCAGAUGGCCACCACUGCAGCGGGAGUGGCUGUUGGCUCUGCCGUGGGCCACGUGGUUGGCGGCGCUCUCACCGGGGCAUUCAGUGGAGGUAGCAGCUCGGAGCCAGCGAAACCAGCCAGUACUGUCCAGGAGCCCAGGCAGCAGCCGGCGUAUCAGCAAUCCCAGUAUGGACCAUGCCACUACGAGAUGAAGCAAUUCCUGGAUUGUGCUACCAACCAGAGCGACCUGACCUUGUGCGAGGGCUUUAGUGAGGCCCUGAAGCAGUGCAAAUACAACAGCGGUGUUUCUUCUCUCCUGUGAAGACAUUUCCCACACUAACGCAUCAAAAUAAGAUCCUGGAGUAGAGCCAUUGAAACCCAAGAAGGACUGGAAGGGCUAGCAAGCAGCAGACGAGAAGGGGAAAGGAUCCAACCAGAUCACAAAAUCUCUUUAGCGUUGUUCUCAGUUGUAAAUUAGCAAGUCAAAAGAAUUCCGGUUGAAUUCUUACAAUGCCGCUUAUGAGACGUGGCAUGUUCGAGAGAAAUGUGCAAUAAAAGAUGGUUUAUUUUAAUCUA